AUGGUGAAAGGAACAGCUGUUGAUUAAAUGCACUGCGUUCUUGAAGGCGUUACCAAAUCAUUAUUGAACAUGUGGUUUUCCCUACCCUGCGAGAAGAGGCUACAUUUUCGCGAUAUGAAAUGGCGUGCGAAAAGUAGACUCUGUCUACAACCGUUCAAAUCCGUCCAGAAAUCUGGACAAAUAAAUUAAAAAAUCGGGUUUUUACCUGUUCUUGACCGGUUUAGAGCAUUGCGUGAGUCUUGCGUCAGCGAGUGAAUGCUGACCAUUAUUGCUCCUUCUUGCAUCCCUUCCCGCCAAAUUCUCGGAUGCGAACGCGGCUCAAGCGUAGCAACGGAAAAAGUUUAAAACAAUUUAAAAAAUCCCUGUUUAUGUAUUUAGAAGAGAGUCGUCAACUUGCGAAAACUCUGUAUUUUAAAGCUGUUGGAAUACCAAAACAAGCUUGCUACCGGUGCUUCUUACGGGACAGGCUAAAGAUCGUUAAAUUAUCAGAUGGUAGUUCUUGUUUGCCAGGAAAAGAAAAUGGAUACUGCGGUGAUUUUGUUGUGUCGCCUCUCAAUGCAAGGCUAAAUGCUCUGUUUUAAGACACAGAUGGGAAUCGGAACGUUCAAAAGAAUCAUCGAUAAGUUUUCUUUUGGUGGAAAAGCUUUUAGCUGAAUAAUGAUUCGCCCUCAAGGACUUCAAACUGGUUGGUUAAUCGUCACUGUGGAACGCUUGUCCUGUUCUGAAAAGAAGCCAAAGCGGCAACGUUUUUAAAGAAUUUCAGGUACAAUUUGCACAUUAAUGGUCAAGGAAAUUCCUAAGUGGAAAUUUAAGUGUUUAUAGUUGUGUCAUAGAUGUUUUAUACGAUUUGAGACGGAUUUUGGCGUUGACAUUUGAUGUCUUCGGCCGCUUUUACUUGCGUGAAAGGAUCCACGACCCAGUUAGUGUUACGCGAAUUGCUUUUUAGGGUAAAAUUAUGGGUUUUCGAAUAAAAUGUUUCGAUUAAUAAUUUCUCUGACUAUUGUUUUGUCUAUGUUCAUUCAUAACAUUAGUUUAAAACGCAAUCGUGAGACUACAGCAUCCAAUUCAUUUCACGCAUCACUUCUGCGUAGGGUUGUCGGCGAAUUUCAUUUUUCACUUUGAGCAAAACUAUGGUUUACUGGUAAAGCUUGUUAGAUUAAAAAUAAGAAAAUUUUCGAAAGCUCAUUUGCAGCUUGAGUUAACUGCUUAAAUGGUCAUGAAACUACCGUUUUUUGAAAUGAAAACUUCGUUAAAACACGCCGGUGGAAUAGUCGUUUAUGGGUUAAACCAGCGCUCCACAAAACGUUUCAGAACAUUUUUCCAGCUUUUUAUAUAUAGCAUCAAUGCGUCUGUAGCAAUUUUUACAAAGGCGUUAAGAUGGUUUAACUCUAGCCAAGAGAUCAUAAUAUGAUCUCUUGCUCUGGCUCAAAAACUUCUUUAACAUGAGUGUAUUACCUAUACCAAUAAGCCGGAAAGAAAACUGCCGUUUGGAGUUAAAUGUGCUCCCCUCAAAUAAGACAGGACUUGCUACAGUUGGUAGCAUAAUGCUUUCUCAAAAGACGAUCCGAGGAAAUUUUGCAGCUAAAAUACUUAAAACCAGACUUGCAAAGCAGAAAAACAAAACAAAAGCUCGAGGAGAGUUGUUCGCAAGUAGUUUUCCCAAUUUUGAUUCCCGCGAAACUCACGCAGAUUUGACGAACCAGUUGCUUGCAAAUCGCGUGAUGAAUUUUGCGCAUGCACGAUAGAAAAUUGAACGGUUGUCGGCAGAGGCUGCUUUUCGCUCGCCAUCUCAUUCCGCGAAAAUGUAGCCUCUGCUCGCAGGGUAGGUUUUCCCUCUCUCUUAAGAUGGAACCAUUCAAUAUCGUAGACAAGGUUAAAGAGGUCGACGAGAAGCUUUCAAAAAUAAAGCCACCAAAUGACAUCACGCGAUGCCCUCGGAAAACAGAGACUGAAAGACAGUAUUGGAAGGCUUUUGAAUUCCGUUCCUUUAUGCUGUUUUAUGGGCCAAUCGUUUUACGCAGUGUUUUACCGGAAGACUACUACAGGCAUUUUAUAUUCUUAAGUGAGGCUAUUUUUGUUUUGUUGGGAGACGGCAUUUCUUUCUGA